AUUAAUAAUAAUAACUGAUAAUAACUAAAACCAACUAAAACAUAAAAACACACAUAUGUAAAUGAUAAAAAAUAUAAAUGUUGUACACUUUGUUUAUUUGUAAAAAAUUUAUUUAAAAGUCAUUGUGUAUGUUAAUGAUUGAAAAUUAAAAUUGAAAUAUAGAAAUAAUUUUGGCAAACAGUGUAUUGUUGUUUAUGUCUUGAUUCAAUGAUAAACAUUUUGACAAUGUGUCAUAAUAAUUAUUGUAAUAAUUAGAUGAAAAAAAAAUAUAAAUAAUACAUAUUAAAUACAGAAGACAAUCAAUCAAUAUAUGCAAAAUGACAGAAACAGAAAAAGUUGUUGAGGAGCAAGAUGAUAAUACACAACAAGAUGCAGUAGAAAAAAAUCAUGAAAUACCAAUAAUAUCAACAGAAAUAAUUGAUCAUGAUCAUCAAUAUUUUGAUGAUUAUGUCAGGGAACUUGAACAACGUUUAUCACAAAAAGAUGAUAUAAGAUCAUUAAAUAUAAAUCCAACAAGACCUCAAGAAUCAUCAUUCAGUAAACUUGAUUCAAAUCUCAAAAAAAAUACAACACUUGUUAAAAAAUUACGUAAUUUUAAUGCAUCACAAUUGGAACAAUUGUUAAAAGAUAUGUCAACAUUAAAUUUAACAAAAUAUGUUAGUGAAAUAGCAGCAGCAUUAGUUGAUGCAAAAUUAAAAAUGACUGAUAUUAAUGCUGCAAUAAAAGCAUCAAGUUUUAUGCAUCAAACAUAUGCUGAAUUUUCUGGUCAUUUUUUUGAAAAUUGGCAACGUGUAUUGUCAUUAAAAAUUAAUGAUAAAAUAAUAAAUCCAAGUAAAUUACGUGUUGAUCUUAGAUUUUAUGCUGAACUUGUAACAUCUGGUAUAUUUACAAAUAAACAAGGUUUAUCAUUACUUGGUAGUGUAUUAACUGUUUUAAUAAAUAUGGAUAAAGAAGAACAUAAUAAUGCAAAUAUAAUAUUAAGUUUUUGUCGUCAUUGUGGUGAAGAUUAUGCUGGUUUAAUACCAAAACGUAUACGUCAAUUAUCUGAAAAAUAUAAUAUACAAAUACCAAAAAGUAAAAUAUUAACAUUUGAAAAACAACAAAAUUUACGUUCAUUAUUACGUGAUUAUUAUAAUUCAUUAUGUCGUCAUUUAAUAAAAGAUUAUAAAGAAUUACAAAGUUUUGAAAAACAUAAUAAAAAAAUACUUCAAACACGUGGUGAAUUGAGUAAUGAAAGAAAAGAUAAAUUAGAAUUAUUACAAUUAUCAUAUGAACGUUUAAUGACAAGUGUACAAAAUUUUUCUGAAACACUUGAUGAAUCAAUGCCUGAAUUACCAAUUAAUAAUGAUGUUAAAAUUGAUAAUGAUGAUUGUCUUAAAUUAAUGAUGAUGAAUAAUGAUAAUCUUAAUAAUGAAGACAACAGUAAUAAUAGUAGCAAUAAUAACAGUAAUAAUAAUAAUAUUAAUUCAUUGAUUGAAGAUAUGUGGGGUGAUGAUGAGACACGUAGAUUUUAUCAAGUAUUUCCAGACUUGACUGUAUUUUUACCUGGUUCAUAUAACAAUAAAGAUAGUAUUGUUAAUAAUAAAAUUGAUACUAUUGAAGAAAAUACAACAACAGCAACAGAAACAACAACACCAACAACAACAACAAUAAUAAAUGAUGAAAUUAUUAUUGAUGAUGAUAUAAAUAUUAAUCUUGAUGAUGAUGAUGAUGAUGAUGAUGAUGUUGGGGUUGUUGUUGUUGUUGAUGAUGAUGAUAAUACAAUUGAUGUAAAAAUUGAUAAUGAAGUUGCUGCUGUUGAACAAGAUACUACGUCUACUUCUACUAGUGCAGUUGUUACAAAUAUUAGUAAUAAAAUAUUACUUGAUGCAUUUUUAACACAUUUACCAAAUUGUGUUAAUCGUGAAAUGAUUGAUAAUGCUGCUGUUGAUUUUCUCAUGAAUUUAAAUACAAAACAUAAUAAAAAAAAAUUAAUAAAAGCAUUAUUUGGUGUAUCAAGAAUACGUCUUGAUUUAUUACCAUUUUAUUCACGUUUAGCAGCAAUAUUAUAUCCAGUAAUGCCUGAUGUUGGUAAUGAUUUAUGUACAAUGUUAAAACAUGAUUUUAAAUAUCAUGUUAGAAAAAAGGAUCAAAUAAAUAUUGAAUCAAAAGUAAAAGUUGUACGUUAUAUUGGUGAACUUGUUAAAUUUAAAUUAUAUACUAAAAUUGAAGCAUUAUAUUGUUUAAAAGUAUUAUUACAUGAUUUUACACAUCAUCAUAUUGAAAUGGCAUGUAAUUUAUUAGAAAUAUGUGGUAGAUAUUUAUUUUGUUCACAAGAUUCACAUCAAAGAACAAAAGUAUAUCUUGAACAAAUGAUGAGAAAAAAAGCUGUAACAGCACUUGAUUCACGUUAUGUUACAAUUAUUGAAAAUGCAUAUUAUUAUGUUAAUCCACCAGAAACAAUAAGUGGUUCAACAAAAAAAGAACGUCCACCAAUACAUGAAUUUAUACGUAAAUUAUUAUAUCAAGAUUUAUCAAAAACAAAUACAGAUAAAAUAUUAAAAUUAAUGAGAAAAUUGGAUUGGCAAGAUGAUACAAUAUCAUCAUAUAUUAUAAAAUGUUUAACAGCAGCAUAUAAUGUAAAAUAUUUAAAUAUAAGAUGUAUUGGUAGUUUAUUAGCUGGUCUUGUUGGUCAUUAUGAAACAGUUGGACCACAUGUUGUUGAUGGUGUACUUGAAGAUAUACGUAUAUGUAUGGAAAUAAAUAAACCAAAAUAUAAUCAACGUAGAAUUGCAAUGGUUAAAUAUCUUGGUGAAUUAUAUAAUUAUCGUAUGGUUGAAAGUUCUGAUAUAUUUCGUACACUUUAUUUGCUAAUAACAUUUGGUAUUAAUAUGGAUCAUAAUAUACCAACAUUACUAGAUCCACCAGAUCAUUUAUUUAGAAUACGUCUUGUUUGUACAUUAUUAGAAACAUGUGGACAAUAUUUUAGUGGUGGUGCUAGUAAAAAAAAACUUGAUUAUUAUUUAAUAUUUUUUCAAAAUUAUUAUUGGUUUAAAUAUACACAUCCAAUAUGGAAAAAUGAAAAUAAUAUAUUUCCAAUUGACAUUGAAUAUAUGUAUCGUGAUACAUUAACAAUGUUAAGACCUAAAAUGAAAUUAUUUACAAGUUAUAAAGAAUCACAAGAUGCUAUUGAUGAAUUAAAAAAAACAUUUUAUCCAACAUUAAUUAUUGAUGAAGAUAAUUAUGAUAAUAAUAAUCAUUAUGAUAAUGGAAAUGGAAUGGAUGUUAUACCAGAGGGUGAUGAAAAUUUAAAUUCAACUAUUAACAACAACAAUGAUAAUAAUAGUCAUACAAAUGAAUUAAAUUUUGAAGAAGUUGAAGAUUUAUCAGAAGCAUUGAGUGAUGAAGAUGAAUGGGCUGUUGGUGAUGCUGGUGGUGGUACUACUACUACUACUGCUAAUACUGCAACUAUUGCUGCUGCUGCUGCUGCUGAUGAUAAUACACAAGAUGAACAAUCAUUAUCACAAGGUAAAAAUAAUGACAAUGAUAUUGAAAGUGGUACUGUUAUGGAUUUAUCAGAAUUAAAUGCAGCUCUACCACAAGGACCAAAACGUGUUCAAUGUCCAGAGGAUGAUGAUUUUCUAUCAGCAUUAGAUAAAAUUGUAUCAGAUAAUAUACAAGAUCGUAUGAGAGAAAAUGUAAAACCAUCACAAGUUGAUAUAUCAGUACCAAUACAUGUUAAAAGUUGUAAAAAAACAUAUGAACAAUUACAAGAAGGACCAUCAAAUACAUCAACUGUUGAUUUUGUAUUAAUGAUAAGAAAAGGUAAUAAACAACAAUAUAAAAAUUUAGUUGUAUCAGAAACAUCUGAUUUAGCUAAAAAUUUACGUAACAGAGAACAAGAACAGAAAGAAGAAAAAGAAAGAGUUAAAAGACUCACAUUAAAUAUAACUGAAAGACAAGAAGAAGAAGAUUAUCAAGAAACAAUUAAUCAAGGUACAAAACCAGUUACUGUUAAUUUAAAUCGUGAAAGAAGACAAAAAUAUAAUCAUCCAAAAGGUGCACCAGAUGCUGAUUUAAUAUUUGGACCUAAAAAAAUAAGAUAAAUUUUUUAAAAAUUAUUAUAAAUUUUCUCUUAUCAUCAUUGUCUUCUUCUAUAAAAUUUAAGAAAAAAAAAAAUUCAUCUUUAACAAACUAUAAAUUUUUAUUAUCUAAACAAACAAAAAAAAAAAAAGAUUUGUAUUUUUUUUAAUUAUUAUUAUUAUUAUUAAAAUAAUAAAAAAGUGAUUAUUAUUUUUGAAAAAAAUGAUAAAUUAUUAAAUAAAGGUUGAUUGAAAAUAUUCAA